UAAAAUUAAAAACCCUCUCACAUUCACAAGAGCGUCGAUUCAAAACAUUUUGAAUUUCAAAGCCCUCAGUGAAAAAAAAAAAUGGGCGAAGCAUCCGAAAUCGCGAUGGCUUCCGACGCAGAUCGAAACCUAACCCAGAAAAUCGCCAAGAUCCUAAACGAGACUCGCACAUCAUACGCUACUCACAACCGAAAGCUAAAGGAGCUCGCCACAAUCCGGUCGAAACUAUCUUCACCUGAGUCCGACCACGAAGAGGACUCAUCGUCUUCGUCUUCUUCUUCUCCUUCUACAGUCCGUAGAUUCUCCUCGGUGUUUUUCAAAACCCUAACCCCUCUUUUCAUCGCCGCUCAACGGAGAACCGCGGCGGCGGAGCGUGUUGUUCGAUUCGCGGCGGAAUUCGCUUGUCUUCGUUGUAAUAAUCCAGACGGUGAUUCCGAUUGCGACGAGUUUCUAGAAGAAUUUCUGAAGUUUCUGGUGGCUGGGUCCGUGGCUGCGAACAGAAACGCUAGGUUCAGAGCGUGUCAGAUAAUCUCAGAGAUUAUAUUGAGGCUGCCAGAUGAAGUGGAAGUAGCGGAUGAGUUGUGGGAUGAUGUAAUUGAUUGUAUGAUGGUGCGUGUUCGGGAUAAAGUUCCUGUUAUCCGUACGUUUGCUGUCAGGUCACUUUCACGCUUUGUGAACGAUCCUGAGAACUGUGACAUUCUUGAUCUGCUUCUUGAGGUUCUUCCUCUGGAACAGAAUCCGGAAGUACGCAAAACAAUUGUUCUAUCUCUGCCACCUUCAAUUGCAACCACCCAAGCAAUUAUUGAUUGCACGCUCGAUGUUAAUGAAUCAGUACGCAAAGCAGCUUACUCAGUUCUGGCAAAUAAAGUUCCUCUUCAGAGUCUGAGCAUCAAGCUUAGGACCACAAUUCUUCAGAGAGGACUUGCUGAUCGUGCUGUAAAUGUUUCAACGGAAUGUUUGAAGCUAAUGAAAGAUCAAUGGCUGUCUAACUCUUGUCAAGGAGAUCCUAUUAAAUUUCUUAAAUACCUUGAUGUUGAAACCUAUGAAUCUGUAGCAGAAUCGGCGUUGGAAGUUCUGUUAAGUGAAGGAUUGAUAAUGCCCACCGAUGACAAAAGCAUCCAGCAGUACAUAUUGUCAGCAGAUGGUGAAGCUAGAGAUGAGAGCGCGUGUUCUGCACCCAGCAUCCAACUUAUGGAGCCAGAGAUUGCUCUUUACUGGAGGAUUAUAUGCAGGAAAUUGAACAAAAGUGCUCAAGCAAAGGGUUCUGAUGCUGCUACUGCGAUGGGAGCUGAGGCAGCAGUUUAUGCCGCUGAGGCUUCAGAUGCGAAUGAUUUGCUGGAAAGAAUUCUUCCUGCAUCAGUUUCUGAUUAUGUUGAUCUAGUUAAAGCUCAUAUAGAAGCUGGACCAAAUCAUCACUUUGCUUCUAGGCAGCUAUUAUUGCUGGGCACCAUGCUUGAUUUCUCUGAUGCAAUGCUCCACAAGACUGCAAGUUCUUUUGUCCAGGAGCUGCUCCACAGACCUUUUGAGCAAGAAUUAGAUGAAGAUGGGAACAGUAUUGUGAUUGGAGAUGGUAUAAACCUUGGUGGUGAUAAAGAUUGGGCUGAUGCAGUGUCCAAGUUAGCUAAGAUUGUCCAUGCUGCCCCUGGAGAAUAUGAAGAAGUUAUACUUGUUGUUGUUGAAAAACUAGCAAGACCCUGUAGGGAAAGGACAGCGGAUUUCCUGCAGUGGAUGCACAUGCUUUCUUUGACAAGUCUUCUGUUGGAAAAUGGAAAAUCUUUGCAUUCACUGCAAGGGAAGGCUAUUGAACCAGAAGAGAUAUUGCAUGCUUUGUUGCUUCCAGGGGUAAAGCACACUCACUUGGAUGUGCAGAGGAUUGCUAUAAAAUGCCUUGGUCUUUUUGGGUUGUUAGAGAAGAAGCCUAGUGAAGAACUUAUAAAGCAGCUACGGGUAGCUUUUUGUAGAAGCCCUCCUCCUAUUAGUAUUAUGGCUUGCAAGGCACUAGUUGAUCUUGGGAUGUGGCAUAGCCCAACAGAAGUUGAUAAGGCAAUGGGACAAGAUCUCUUGUCACAAUUUGAGGAUGAGAGCAUUCAUUUUGCCCCCAUCGACUUAUCCAAUGCCGAAGAAGAUAUGAACUUAAAAAUGCUCGAUCUCUUGUAUGCUGGACUUGAAAGUGAUGACUGGAGAGCAUUCACAGAUAGUAAUGAACAUGAGUCGGUUAAAGCAACCAUUGGGGAGGGGUUUGCAAAACUUCUUCUUCUAGGAGAGAAGUACCCAAGCUUGCCUGCAUCGUUUUAUCCUUUUGUUUUGGGAAAGCUGAUUGCAUUAUAUUUCAGCGAGGAGUCAAAAGAACAACUGAGGUUUAAACAGUGUUUAUCUGUCUUCUUUGAGCACUAUGCUUCCCUCUCCGAAAAGCAUAAGGGAUAUGUGUCAAAGGCUUUUGUUCCUCUCAUACGUUCAAUGUGGCCUGGUAUUGAUGGAAACUGUAAAAGUUCGUCAUAUGUUGUAUCAAAUCAACGCAAGCGUGCAGUCCAAGCAUCCAGAUUUAUUCUACAGAUGAUGCAAACCCCGCUUUACAAAAAAGAGACAAGAGGUGAGCCUGAAACCCAAUUCAAUAAAUCACCAGACUCACCAGAAGAUUCUAUCCAGCCUUUACUAAACUGCACUGAAGAAGGGUUAGCCAUACGCAUAGCCAUCGAGAUGCUUAACUUCAAGGGAAAAAAGACUGCAGCUGAGAAGGCAUAUGUUGCAGCACUGGGCAAAACACUUGUGCUGUUCCAUCUGAAACCAUCAAAACAAAAUGUGAUAAAGUUGAUGAAAAAGCUUUUAAGCCAACUUGCAGAUUCUGUAUGUUCAGAGAAGGAGCUUCUUAGGGACGUGAAACCGAUCCUCGAACAUCUAAAAUCUUUGGAUGUUUGUCCCAGCGAGGAGAUUACACAAGAUCAAGCCGAUUCCAUCUUUGAAACACUCGGAGUAAGCUACAACUUGGAUAUCACUGCAACUACAACAGUGCCACAGACACCUGCUCCUUGCUCAACAAGACCAACUCAGUCAAGAAGACGAGUAAGGAUUGCAGAAACUUCCUCUGAUGAAGAAGAAGAAGAAGAAGUAGCAUCGCCUCCACCUUCUGCUUUGAUGAACCGAUCACACCGAGCAAGUAAAGCUGCUGCUUUAGCCAAAAUAACGGCAAGCAGAGUGAAAAUGAGCAAUGUAGAUGAGGAUGAUGAAGAAGAACAAGGUUCAUCUGACGUUACAGCAGAGGAUUCAGAUGAAUCUGAUGAAUAAUUACAGGGAGUUGAUUUUAGCAUUCGUUCUGUUGUUUGUGCGUUUGUCACCAAGUCGAUGUGUGUUUUGUGACGGUUGCGAAAAGAUAUCUUCUUGUAAGUUGUAACGAAUUCCUUGCUUGUUAUGUUAUGUUUGCUCUGGAAAAACUUGGAUUUGGAAAAGACAGUAUUAAA